AUGGCAAAAUACAUCCAAGCCGCAGCGACUAUGUCUUUUCGAAAACCCUCAGCUGACCAGUACGAAGGGCUUGGGUACAAUUCAAAUUUCGGGGGCCUCGUGAAGCAGAUGGAAGAUCUCGCACUCCAGCCAGCCAGACCUAAUCACAUCCCCAGCCCCAUCCUUUGCACAGAGCCGACACGCAACUUUCGCAGCAUGAGCUUCGACAGCCAACCCCUAGUCGGGAUGUCCAACGAACGCUCGUACCUUGUCGAAAACCUCCGGAGACAGCACGCGAGGGGCGAAAGGCUCUCACACGCCCUCAGCAAUGUGGAAACACAACUCGGGUCGGCGCAGAGGAAGAGCGAGGCAAGGAAGCUCAGAAAAGAAGCUGGUCUGCUGAGAAGCAAGAUUACUGAGGCCCGCAAGCAGGAGGAGCUGAUCACCAUGAGAUUGAACGAUCUGCAGAAUGAAGACCUCAAAUGCUUCUACCAGGCCCAACAGACCAAUUUGUGUCCAUACCCAUACUCGCCGCUACAGCCCUGGGGCCAGGUCCAAAUGCCUCCUUUAACGCCCCUGACACCAAUAUCACCUCUCACACCCUUGCCUGCAGGGCUCUUCUCUCCGGCGCCGGUGCCUCCGAGCCCGCUUGACUCUCCUUACUUCUUCAGCCCGACUUUCCCAGCAGUGGAUCCAUACGAGCAGGGACCGCAAAUCGCAAGCCUGGACCAGAUGAUAUCCGAAGCAGAGUAUGGUAAUGACGGCUCGUCGGUUGAGCUGCAAGACGUCAGGCGAUAUAGCCUGGUGGUGGAACCCGUCCGGCGGUGGUCGCUUGCUGACGCAUAUUCCCCCUCGCCAAAGGACAAGAGGAUGAGCAUGCCCGGACUGAAAACCAUCUGGCGCUUUUCAUGA